UGAGCUUUAAUUUGGUUAGAAGAAUAACAAAAUAACAAAUAUCAAAAGGUUUGCAGCUAGGCAGGAACAAUGAAUCACUCAUACGCGAAUCAAUCGGCUCAAGAAGUUAAUAUAGUUACAGAGGACACAAGAAGAUCUGCAAAUUAUAAACCCAACAUUUGGAAAUACGAUUUUCUGCAGUCACUUGACAGUAAAUAUGAUGAGGAAGAAUUUGUUAUGCAGUUGAACAAGCGGGUGACGGAAGUAAAGGGUCUUUUUGUUCAAGAGGCAAGCGUUUUGCAAAAACUAGAGUUGGCUGAUUGGAUCCAAAAGCUAGGCCUUGCCAACUACUUUCAAAAGGAUAUCAACGAGUUUCUCGAAUCUAUACUUGUCUAUGUCAAAAACAGCAACAUUAAUCCUAGUAUAGAACAUAGUUUACAAGUAUCUGCACUAUGCUUCAGGCUUUUAAGACAACAUGGAUAUCCAGUUUUGCCUGAUACUUUAAGCAACUUUUUAGAUGAAAAAGGUAAAGUGAUAAGGAAAAGCUCAUAUGUUUGCUAUGGUAAAGAUGUUGUGGAGCUUCUUGAGGCCUCACAUUUGAGCUUAGAAGGAGAGAAGAUCUUGGAUGAGGCCAAAAAUUGUGCCAUAAAUUCUCUCAAGUUUGGUUUCUCUCCCAGUUCCAUCAACAUCAACCGACCCUCCAAUCUGGUUGUUGAAAAAAUGGUCCAUGCCUUGGAGCUUCCAUCCCAUUGGAGAGUACAGUGGUUUGAGGUCAAAUGGCACGUGGAGCAAUACAAACAGGAGAAAAAUGUGGAUCCAAUUUUACUUGAAUUGACUAAAUUAAAUUUCAAUAUGAUUCAGGCCAAACUUCAAAUCGAGGUCAAGGAUUUAUCCAGGUGGUGGGAGAAUCUUGGCAUAAAAAAAGAGUUGAGCUUUGCAAGGAAUAGGUUGGUUGAAAGCUUCAUGUGUGCAGCAGGAGUUGCUUCUGAGCCAAAGUAUAAAGCCGUCAGAAAAUGGCUCACUAAAGUUAUUAUUUUUGUACUAAUAAUCGAUGAUGUUUAUGACAUACACGCCUCAUUUGAAGAGUUGAAGCCGUUCACAUUGGCAUUUGAGAGAUGGGACGACAAAGAACUUGAAGAACUUCCACAAUACAUGAAAAUUUGCGUCCACGCACUUAAAGAUGUCACAAAUGAAAUUGCUUAUGAAAUUGGUGGAGAAAAUAACUUUCACUCGGUGUUACCUUAUCUAAAGAAAGCGUGGAUAGACUUUUGCAAAGCAUUAUACGUGGAAGCAAAGUGGUACAACAAGGGAUACAUUCCAUCGUUGGAAGAGUAUUUAAGCAAUGCUUGGAUUUCAUCUUCGGGACCAGUGAUUCUUCUCCUUUCAUAUUUUGCUACAAUGAAUCAAGCAAUGGAUAUAGACGAUUUUCUACACACAUAUGAAGAUUUGGUCUACAAUGUAUCUCUCAUAAUUAGAUUGUGCAAUGAUUUAGGGACCACAGCGGCUGAAAGAGAAAAGGGUGAUGUUGCUUCGUCGAUCCUAUGCUACAUGAAUCAAAAGGAUGUUUCAGAGGAAAAAGCAAGAAAGCACAUCCAAGACAUGAUACACAAAGCAUGGAAAAAGAUAAAUGGACAUUAUUGCUCCAAUAGAGUUGCUUCAGUGGAGCCAUUUCUUACUCAAGCUAUAAAUGCAGCUCGUGUGGCCCAUACCCUUUAUCAAAAUGGCGAUGGCUUUGGUAUCCAAGACCGAGAUAUCAAGAAACAUAUCUUAUCACUGGUUGUUGAACCCCUUAGAUAGAAGUAUAUGUUAUGACAACAAAUAAUAAUUUCCCUUUCGUCCGAGUGAAAUUGCAUGAUAAAUAUGUAGAAUAAAAACAAUCGUUUCACAUUCAAAUAAAUGAGAAGUGACAUAUUGUUUUAAGGUUUUA